UGAAAGCAUUUGUUUACAUGAGUGAAGCUUCCUUCAGUCAGGAACCACAGACCACUGAUCACUGCUCACUGCUCACUGAUCACUGCUCACUGAUCACUGCUCACUGCUCACUGAUCACUGAUCACUGAUCACUGCUCUGUCUGUCUGAUGAAUCACUGGUUAGACUACAGUUCAGAAACACAGUAAAGAUGGACACAUAUGUUUUCUAGGAUGACGGCGGUCCGAUAGGAGGAGGGAUGAGGGGGUUCGGUCCGGCAGAGCUGGUGGCGGGUCUCUGUCAGACAGACGAGCACAACCCAUUCCCCGUGUGGCAGAACGGAUACGUCAGCGCCUGUUUCAACCAGCUCGUCCUCGGAGCGCUGCCUCAUGCAGGGAUGGCCGUCUUCAGCGCCUGCUACCUCGGCAUGGCGAGAUGCGACCUCCUCCAGACGUCUCCUCCCUGCGGUUGGACCCUCAGGUUGGUGUCGGCUCUGCUGGCGGCGCUGCUCUUCGCUGCGGACGUCGUCCUGGCGAGCCUCCUCCAGCAGGCCGACGUGUACCUGGACGUCCUGGCCGACGGCUGCGCCAUCCUGGCCUGGCUGGUCCACUUCAGCGCCAUCACGGUGCUCCGGAGGACGGCCUUCAGGAGGACCAGAGGACCUCCGCUGCUGCUCCUGCUGGUUCUUCUGUCCGUCCCAAACCUGGUCGUCACCGUGAUGAUUGACUGCGACCGCCAGGAGUAUCUGAACCUCACGGAACCUCUGCAAUUUGCACGUUUUGUGCUGGCCUCGGCCCGGACGCUCCCUCUUCUGGUUUAUCUUCUGGCGUUUGCGUUUCCCUGCAUCAGUGAUGCUGGAUACACUUUGUAUAUCAACGCUGUGGACGGAUCUCCGCUCAUCCCAGAGAGCAGGCAGCCGGAUACCGGCGAGAUGGUGGCGGAGGACGGGAGCGGCUGCGUCUCUCGGCUCUUCUACCUGUGGUUGACGCCUCUCCUCAGACGAGGGCAGCGAGGGGAGCUAGACGGACCGGCUGAUGUCUAUCACCUCCCUCGGAAACUUCGGACUACCGUGGUUUGCCGAUACUUCCACCAGUGCUGGGAAGCGUGCCGGCGAGGGGCGGCGGUCAGCGGCGGGCGGGAUCAGUGGCCCCGGCCGGUCGGCAGAAACCUCCUGAGUGGCAGCUGGAGUUCAUGCUACCAGGAGGAACCGCUGGAGCUGGAGGGGGACGUAGGACUGCUGAGGGUGCUGCACAAGGCGUUCGGACGUCGUUACUACGUCCUCGGCGUGCUGAAGGCGGUGGUCGACAUGCUGAGCUUCACCGGUCCGCUGCUCCUCAGCAGUCUGGUGAACUUCAUGGAGGACCCGGCAGCUCCGGUCAGCUGGGGCGCCUGGUGCGCUCUGGGCCUCUUCGCCACCACCUUCCUCGCCUCCUUCCUUCAAAACAUCUUCGUCUUCGAGGUCUCCAAGGUGGCGCUGUCGGCGCGCGCCGCUCUCGUGUCGGCCAUCUACGGCAAAGCCCUGCGGGUCAGCGGCAGCAGCCUGGCCGACACCGCGCUGGGAGAGGUGGUGAACCUGAUGAGCACGGACACGGACCGCGUGGUCAACUUCUUCAACAGUUUCCACGAGCUGUGGAGCAUGCCGCUGCGCUUCAUCAUCACCCUCUACCUGCUCUACCUGCAGGUGGGCGUGGCCUUCCUCGGCGGGUUGUGCAUGGCGCUGCUGAUGGUGCCGUUCAACAAGUUCCUCGCCUCCCGUAUCCUUAGCAACAACCAGCACAUGCUACGGCACAAGGACAGCCGUGUGAAGUUGAUGACGGAGAUCCUCUUCGGCAUUCGCGUCAUCAAGUUCUACAACUGGGAGCCUCGUUUCACUCAGAAGGUCGCCGACUGUCGUCAACGGGAGCUGUCCCACCUCAAGGCCAUCAAGUACCUGGACGCCAUGUGUGUUUACACCUGGGCCGCUCUGCCCGUGGUCAUCUCCAUCCUCACCUUCAUCACCUACGUGCUGCUGGGACACCAGCUGACGGCGCCCAAGGUGUUCACCACGCUGGCUCUGGUGGGGAUGCUGAUCAUCCCUCUCAACUCUUUCCCCUGGGUGCUCAACGGCAUCCUGGAGGCCAAAGUGUCUCUGGAGCGAAUCCAACGCUUCUUCAAACUGACCAACCAGGACCUGCAGGCGUACUACGCCCUGGUGUCUCCUGAAGACAGUCAGACAUCCAUCCUGUUGAGCCAGGGGAAGUUUUCCUGGCAGGAGCCCGACGGUCCCGACCAGAACCAAGAGGGAGGAACUGAACCUGGAUCUGCUAAAGGAAGUCUGCUGCUGCACAGUCUCAGUCUGCACAUCACCAAGGGCUCUCUGGUGGUCGUGGUGGGGAAGGUCGGCUGUGGGAAGAGUUCCUUCCUGGCUGCUCUCACCGGAGAACUCAACAGGCUGAGCGGCGUGGUGUAUGUCGCCGACAGAGAGGCCGGCUUCGGUCUGGCGUCUCAGGAGCCGUGGAUCCAGCACGCGUCGGUGCGAGACAACAUCCUGUUUGGCAAAGACUACGACCCCGUCUUCUACCAGGCUGUGAUCGAGGCCUGCGCUCUCUCAGACGACCUCAACGUUUUGCCAAACUGUGACAAGACGGAAGUGGGAGAGAACGGAGUGACUCUGAGCGGAGGACAGAAGGCUCGACUGGCCCUCGCCAGAGCUGUUUACAUGGAUAAAGACAUCUACCUCCUGGAUGAUCCGCUGGCAGCGGUCGAUACCGACGUGGCCGAAGUCCUCAUGAAGAAAUGCAUCAUUGAGCUCCUCGGGGGGAAGACCAGAAUCCUCUGCACGCACCGCGUAGAGUUUGUGGACAAAGCCGACGUGGUCAUCCUCAUGGACAACGGAACCAUCGUCAGAACAGGCACACCAGCAGAGAUCCUUCCUCUGGUCGAGGCGGUGCCGAAAAAACGGAAGAAUGACCGCAACAUGAAAGAGAAAGAUGGCGUGGAGCAGCAGGAAGAGGAGCCGGGUUCAUCCGCUGAUCUGUGCGUGGACGAUGACGGGGGCGUGUCGGGGGCGGAGCAGAAGCAGGUGGGCGGGCUGGCGUGGAGAGUUUACCGGACCUACUGGGUCGCUGUGGGCGGCGUGCUGGCCGCCUCCAUCCUGAUGUCUCUGCUCCUCAUGCAAGCCUCUAAGAACGUAUCUGACUGGUGGCUGUCUCACUGGAUCUCAGAGCUGAAAAACAACGGUUCCACCAGAACCAACGGUUCCUCCUCCGCUGCCUUCAGCUCACCUCACCUGCUGCUCUUCUCACCUGGAGGCUUCAUGUCUCCUCUGUCCUCACUACAGACGCUCUCUUCAGGCAACCUGAGCUCUGAUGUCCAGUUUUACCUGACGGUGUACGGCUCCAUCGCCGUGGCCAACACCGUCUUCACCGCCCUGCGAGCCUUCCUCUUCGCCUACGGAGCCGUCUGCGCCGCCACGGCCGUCCACAACAGACUCCUGGGCCGCGUCCUCAAGGCCACGGUGUUCUUCUUCGACACCACCCCGAUGGGCCGCAUCCUCAACCGUUUCUCCUCCGACCUGAACACCGUGGACGACAGCCUGCCCUUCAUCCUCAACAUCCUAUUGGCCAACGUCUUCAACCUGCUGGGCAUGCUGGUGGUGAUCAGCUACGGCCUCCCCUGGGUCCUAGUGCUGCUGCUGCCCCUGGCUCUGGUCUACCACCGCACGCAGCACUUCUACCGACACACCUCCCGCGAGCUGAAACGCCUGUGCAGCAUCACUCUGUCGCCCGUCUACUCGCACUUCUCUGAGACGCUGACCGGGCUGGGAACCAUCCGGGCCAGCGCCAGCUCUGCCAGGUUUGAGGAGGAGAUCGCCAGGCGUCUGGAGCAGAACCAGCGCUGCCUGUUCCUUAGCAACGCCGCCAUGCAGUGGCUGGACAUCCGCCUGCAGCUGAUCGGCGUCGCCGUGGUGACGGGCCUCGGGGUGAUCGCUGUCGUCCAGCACCAGUACAACUCUGUGGAUCCAGGUCUGGUGGGUCUGUCCCUGUCCUACGCCCUGUCCAUCACUAUGCUGCUGCGUGGACUCAUAUUCAGCUUCACCCAGACGGAGAUGCAGCUGGUGAGCGUGGAGAGGACCGAGGAGUACUCCACCUGCCUUCCUACCGAGCCACAGAACCAGAACACACAGCUGGCAGCGGCGUGGCCCGAGCAGGGCUGGCUGGAGUUCCGCGGCGUGGUUCUGGUCUACAGGGACGGUCUUCCUAAGGCCCUGGACGGAGUCAGCCUGGUAGUGCGACCCGGGGAGAAGGUGGGCAUCGUGGGACGCACGGGCUCCGGGAAGUCCACGCUGUUCCUGGCCCUGUUCCGUAUGGUGGAGCUGAACCAGGGUCAGAUCCUCCUGGACGGGCUGGACGUCAGCACCGUGGGCCUGGCUCAGCUCAGGUCCAGGCUGGCCAUCAUACCUCAGGACCCGUUCCUGUUCAGCGGGACCAUCAGGGAGAACCUGGACCCGUGUGAGCGACACCCAGACCACCAGCUGCUGGACGUCGUGGACCAGUGUCACCUCGGCGCCGUGGUCAACAGGAUGGGUGGUCUGGAUGCUGAGGUUGGAGAGAGAGGAAGGUCCUUCUCUGUGGGACAGAGACAGCUGCUGUGUCUGGCCAGAGCUCUGCUGACCCAGGCCAAGGUCCUGUGUAUUGAUGAAGCGACGGCCAGCGUGGAUCAGAAGACGGACAAGCUGCUGCAACAGACCAUCAGAGAGAAGUUUCAGGGGAAGACCGUCCUCACCAUCGCACACAGGAUCAACACCAUCAUGGACUGCGACCGGGUGCUGGUGAUGCAUGCUGGGAAGGUGGCGGAGUUUGACACCCCGGCUGCUCUCUGCCAAACGGACCAGUCCAUCUUCCACAGGUUGGUCGGUUGGAGAGGAGAGUGAGGCGGCUAAAAGAGACACUGGAAGGAAGGACAAAGAUUUAUUUUUAUAUUUUUUAUCCUGGUGAAGGUUUUGUUGAGAACUCGCUGCCUUUUUUCUGCACCGUUAGAAAGCUCUUCUGCUGCCUUGCUCCAGGGUUCUGUUUGGACGGGGAAGUGAUGAUACGGGUUUGUGCUGACAUUUAGUUUCUUUUAAUUGAUGAUUUUAAUGCUGAAACGGCUUUAAAUGACUUUGCCUCUUUGAUUUAAUUAUUUGGGGACAUUUCUAACUGAAGCAAUAUGAGCUGCAUGUUGUUGAAUUAAACGUUAGUCCUGCUGAGGUUAGUCUUAAUUUAUCACUACAAGCAGGUAACUGGCAGCAGGUAUUUACAUACGACUCUCUAUACUCAACCAGACCACCGUCAGCGGACCAUAUUUGUUGAUCAGUGGUUUGUGUGGAGCUGUUUCAAUGUUCUGUUUGUUCUCACAUUUGAAUAUUGUUGAAAUACCGCAGCCCUUGUGCCUCACUUUAAAAAAAAGUUGUCCUGAUGUAGAAGACAAAACCAUGUAAAAAAAACUGCAAUAAAAUGAUGAAUAUUAGGGCUGUCAAUCAA